AUAAGCGUCCGCCAAGCUUACGAACGGGAGAAGCUACGAGAAGCACUUGGAGAUGCAGCUCCAGCUAAGGAGGUGCCGAAAACCAUUGAGAGCACCAGAGAAUAUGAUGAAACCAUGGUCCAGGAGAAUGACGACGAUGAGCACGACGAGGCUCACGACGAAUUUGCGCAGUACUUCAAUCGCGAAACCACUCCAAAAGUUUUAAUAACGAUGUCACCAUUUGCGAGAAAAACAACCUGGAAAUUCUGCUUCGAGCUUCACAAGUGCAUUCCGAAUUCUGAAAUUUUCUCUCGUAAAGGAGUGCCGCUGAAAAAAGUCGUAAAACAAGCUAUAUCAAAAUCUUAUACUGACUUAUUAGUUGUUCAUGAGGAUCAAAAAAGAAACCAACGUUGCGGCGAAUCCACUGACCAUAAUCCCGAAAUUGUGCUGAACAAUUUCAAUACUCGAUUAGGACACAGUAUUGCUCGAAUGUUUGCCUGUCUUUUCCCACAUGAUCCAAAGUUCACAGGACGACGAGUGGUGACUUUUCAUAAUCAACGGGACUACAUUUUCUUCCGGCAUCAUAGGUGA